ACGGCACAAAAAAAUUAAUAUUCAUAUCGCAAAAAGAUAUACUCAGACGGGAGAGGAUUGGUAACCGGGUUUCGCUGUUCUAUUUGGCCAACAGGCCAUUGCUUUAUAUUGCCGUCAACCUGGCCUCCCUUCCUUUCAGGUUCAAGGGUUCCGGUUCGCACACCAUGGCACCCAGCGCUGUGGCUGUUCCGCACCACCACCGGAAUACCACCAAAUCUGUAAAUAAGGCGUUCAAGUCAAAGCAUCUUUCCAAAGGCGCUCUUAAGGACUUGUCCAAAGGCAAAAUCGAGGAGAGGGGCAGUCGCAAAACUCCCCACCAACAAUUGAUGUCGAAACUUGAUCGCCGCAAUCAAACACGCCAGAAACAAAGACUGAAGCACCAAAACAAGUCCGAAUCCGUGAGCAUAUUCUCAGGCCAGAAUGGAGCAUCACGACAUGUUGCCGUUAUCCCCAUUGCAGACACCGUGGACACCGAUGCGGCCAUCAGGAGCUUGAACGAGAGCCUCGAUAUUCCGGAAACAGAUAUUCAAGGACAUACGUGCCGUGUUCGCAUAGAGAGAUUUAAGCAGAAUAUUCUAUACCUUCCAACAAAAAAAGAUUUGAUUAGCGCACUGGAUGCUUGUCGCUUGGCAGAUUUUGUCAUUUUUAUCCUGCCCGCGGACGAUACACUGGACGAAGGGGCUCAGUUAAUGCUGCGGGCGAUUGAAGGUCAAGGAAUAUCCAAUGUGCUUGCGGUAACACAGGGGCUCGAGAAAAUCAUGCCUCCCAAAAAGCGCCCACAGAUUACUGCUUCGCUCAAGUCUUUCAUCACACAUUUCUUCCCCACACUAGACAAGGUGCAUUCGCUGGAUUCAAGGCAGGAAUGUUCUAACAUAGUACGCGGCAUAUGUACGGCGACGCCAAAAGGGAUUCGUUGGCGGGAUGAUAGAAGCUGGAUGCUUAUUGAGUCUAUACAAUGGCCCGAAUCGUCUUCUGACGCAUCUAACGAAGUUGUGGUCACCGGUGUCGUACGGGGUAGGGGCUUGAAAGCUGACCGCUUGGUCCAUAUACCUACAUGGGGUGAUUAUAAAAUCUCAUCGAUUACCGCUGCGCCAUUGCCGUCAGCUAAACAGAAGAAGGGAGAUCAUGCAAUGAAUAUCGACGACACAGCGGAACCGCAAGUUUUGGAUCAACCAAGCGCUGAUUGUGACGAUUUGGCUACAGUUGCCCCCGAGGAAGUCGUCAUGAUGGAUGAAACUUUCUCUCUGGCCGACACGGAGAAGAAAGGGGUACUCCUUGAUGACUACCACUACUUCUCGGAUGGCGAUGACAAGCAUACGGCACGGCCAAGGCGCCUGCCCAAGGGCACGUCUGAUUAUCAGGCGGCAUGGUACCUUGAUGAUCUCUCUGACUCCGGUUCUGACCUAGUGGAUGAAAUGGAUGAUGUCGAUGAAGACAUGGACCUGGACACUCCAGCCGGGCCAGAAGAUGGCUUUUUCAAUAUGGACAAGAGAGACGCCAUGACUGAAGCUGGUGGCCCUUCCGAAUAUCCACAAUCAGAGAUGUUCCUCGACCCAUCACCUGAAGACGAGGCGCAACAAAUAGAAGAAUAUCGCGCUAGCCGAAAGAAUGAAGCGAAAGAGGACUUAGAAUUUCCCGAUGAAAUUGAGCUUCACCCAUCUACAAUUGCACGAGAAAGACUAGCUAGAUACAGGGGCCUUAAAAGCCUUAAAACGAGCAAGUGGGAAAUGGAAGAAGACAGAGCACACGAGCCUGAAGACUGGCGUCGCCUGUUACAAAUCGUUGACUACAGGGGCUCCAAAAACCAAUGUCUCCGGGAAGCGCUCGUCGGUGGCGUCAAGCCCGGUUCCCGCGUUGACGUUCAUCUCAGCGACGUACCUCCACACCUAAGGUCGCUCUCGUCACAGCCAACUUCUCUCUUCUCGCUUCUCCGACACGAACAUAAACACGCAGUCGUUAACAUCAACAUGACCCUAAACUCCACCGUCACAGAACCUCUCAAAUCCAAAGAAGAACUAAUCAUCCAAUGCGGCCCACGCCGUCUGAUGAUCAAACCCCUCUUCUCCGCCGCCGGCAACACUCCCAACAACGUCCACAAGUUCGAUAGAUACCUACAUCCAGGCCGCAGCGCCGUAGCUACAUUCAUCGGCCCGGUCUCCUGGGGUUCGAUACCAGUCCUAGUAUUUAAAAACACAGCCGCCGCCGCUGCCGCAGACACCGAAGCCAUGGAUUCAAGCGCGGAUAAUGGAGAGCUCGAUACCUGGGAGCUCAUCGGCACCGGCACAACCAUGGCGCCGGACCAUUCGCGCGUCGUUGCCAAGCGCGUCAUCCUGACCGGCCACCCGUACAAGAUCCACAAGAAGGUCGUCACGGUGCGGUACAUGUUCUUCAACGCGGAGGAUGUGAAUUGGUUCAAGGCGCUGCAGCUGUGGACGAAGCGGGGCCGCAGCGGGUAUAUCAAGGAGAGUCUGGGGACGCAUGGGUAUUUCAAGGCGACGUUUGAUGCGAAAAUUAAUCCGCAGGAUGCGAUUGGGAUUAGCUUGUACAAGCGUGUUUUCCCCCGAAAGGCAGUUGCAUGGGGAGAGGCAACGCAUUGACUGGUUGUCUCAAACGAAGAAAUAAUGCAGAGAAAACAGUGUUUUUGAAUGGCUAAUUUUUUUCAUUUUGCCUCUUAUCAUCUUGCUCUACCCUCUAUUCGCAUUGAUUGAUGGUUUUAUGACAUCCCCUUUGUUUUCUUUGACUUUAUUUUAAACUCCCUUUUUUGCAUGGCGAUAGAAAAGUGAAAAUAAAUUCCACGAUAUUGCGGGUCCUCUGGUUAGGACAGCGAGAACCCCCCCCCCCCCCCCCC